CCAUCGUACCGGUGUUACUGGAUGCUCUACAGGAACCGGCCAAGAAGACCCUAGUCUGUCUACAGACCCUGCUGGAGACUAAGUUUGUCCACUUUAUUGAUGCCCCCUCCCUGGCUCUUAUCAUGCCAGUAGUGGAGAGGGCAUUCCAGGACAGAAAUACAGAGACCAGAAAAAUGGCAGCUCAGAUUAUAGGAAACAUGUACUCUCUGACAGAUCAAAAGGACUUGGAUCCUUACAUAGAGAAGGUGAUACCUGGUCUGAAGCAGUCCUUACUUGACCCCGUACCGGAGGUGAGGACAGUGUCCUCUCGCGCCCUCGGUGCUAUGGUGAAGGGAAUGGGAGGAGCUAAGUUUGACGAGCUGCUGAACUGGCUGAUGGAGACGUUGAAGUGUGAACAAAGCUCUGUGGAUAGAUCUGGAGCUGCCCAAGGAUUGAGUGAGGUGAUAGGGGGACUGGGUGUACAGGAGCUCCAUCGCCUGAUGCCUGGGAUUAUCCAGACCGCGGAGAGGAAUGACAUCCCCUCCCAUGUCAGGGACGGUUACAUCAUGCUCUAUAUUUAUCUCCCAGCUGUGUUUGAGAAAGACUUCCUGGACUACAUUGGACCCAUUAUUCCUUCUAUUCUAAAGGCUUUGGCCGAUGAGUCUGAGUAUGUGAGGGACACGUCUCUGAGAGCGGGCCAGAGAAUCAUUAAUCUGUACGCUGACACAGCCAUAGAGUUACUGUUACCCGAGCUAGAGAAAGGCUUGUUUGAUGACAACUGGAGAAUCAGAUUUAGCUCGGUCCAGCUGCUGGGAGAUCUACUUUACAAGAUCUCAGGUGUGUCGGGUAAGAUGUCUACAGAGACAGCUCACGAUGAUGAUAACUUUGGAACUGAAAACUCUCAGAAGGUCAUCCUGAGAGCCCUGGGUCGUGAGAGACGUGACAGAGUGUUGGCAGGGCUGUAUAUGGGGCGUUCUGACACUGCCCUCCUGGUCCGUCAAUCGGCCCUUCAUGUGUGGAAGAUCAUUGUGGCCCACACUCCCAUGACUCUCAAGGAGAUCCUCCCCACACUUUUCUCUCUCCUCCUAGGCUGUCUGGCCAGCACUAGUCAUGACAAAAGACAGGUGGCAGCUCGUACACUGGGUGACCUGGUGAAGAAGUUAGGCGAGCGAGUCCUGCCUGAGAUAAUCCCGAUCCUGGAGAAAGGUCUGGACUCGGACCGAGCGGACCAGAGACAGGGAGUCUGUAUCGGACUGUCCGAAAUCAUGAAGGCCACCAGCAGGGAGCAUGUCUCGGUGUAUGCUGACAGUUUGGUGCCCACAGUCAGGAGAGCAUUGACUGAUGAGUUACCAGAAGUCAGGGAGGCAGCAGCAGAAACAUUCGACAAUCUCCACUCCAACAUCGGCCAAAGGGCUCUGGAUGAAAUCCUGCCUCUCCUUCUUAAACAGCUGGAUGAUGAAGAAAAGUCAGAUUCAGCUUUAGAUGGGUUGAAACAAGUAAUGACUGUGAAGAGUAGAGUGGUCCUGCCAUAUCUUGUUCCACAGUUAACAGCGCCUCCGGUAAAUACUCGAGCUUUAUCGUUCCUGUCGUCAGUGGCUGGCGAUGCCUUGACCAGACAUCUGUCCAAAAUCCUGCCAGCUCUUUUGUCAUCUCUUAGUGGUAAAAUGGACACUCCAGAGGAAGCAGAGGAGAUAGGUUACUGUCGUACGGUAGUAUUGUCGGUGACUGAUGACGUGGGCGUGAGAACGAUUAUGCAGGAACUUCUUAGUGCCUCCCAAUCCCCCACUAACAGCGAGUGCUGGAGCGCCGUCGUCAUCCUCCAUACCUUCUGUGAGAAAUCCAGCGCUGAUUACUCAGAUUAUCUCCCCCAGUUGUUCCGCGGACUGAUCGCUCUGUUUACGAGGUCCUCAGAUAGAGUGUUACAUGCAGCCUGGGAUUGUCUCAAUGCAGUCACGAAGAAAAUUGAUGCCACAGAAAUGUUUCAACACAUCGCAGAUGUCAGACAAGCUGUUAGAUAUGCAAUGUCAGACUACAAAGGAAAGGAAUUACCUGGAUUUAGCUUGCCAAAGAAGGGAAUUGCACCAGUGUUGCCAAUCUUCAGAGAGGGCAUUUUGAAUGGCUCUCAGGAAAUGAAGGCUCAAGCAGCUGAUGGAUUAGGAGAAUUAAUAAAUAUCACCAGUGCAGAAGCACUUAAACCAUCCGUAGUCAACAUCACAGGUCCUCUCAUUCGUAUCCUUGGUGACAGGUUUACCUGGCAAGUGAAGGUGGCUGUUCUCGAAACUCUGACUCUACUCCUGGCUAAGGUUGGUGUGCAGCUGAAGCCGUUUUUACCACAGCUACAGACCACGUUCUUGAAAGCCCUGAAUGACCCCCAGCGACAGGUCCGCCUCAAGUCAGCGUCCGCGUUAGGGAAACUGACGGUUAUUCAUACAAGGGUGGACCCACUGUUCACAGAACUUCACUCAGCUGUAAAGAAUGCUUCAGACCAGAGUGUCAAGGACACCAUGCUUCAGGCCCUGAGGUUUUGUAUCUGUGGAGCAGGAGAGAAAAUGUCUGAUGCUUCCAGAAAGGGAAUUAUGGGAACUUUAGUAGGAAUGCUGGGAGUGCAGGAGGAAUCCACUCGAACUGCAACCUCGGGCUGUGUGGGAUCUAUGUGUAAAAUCUUGCCAGAGGAAGAAUUGACUGAACUCAUGAUUCAACAGUUAUUAGAUACCGCUGAGAGUGGCGCUGACUGGACACUGAGACAUGGGAGAAGUCAGGCGUUAGCGGUGGCCCUCAAGGAAGCCGCACCAAAGAUCUGGACCUCCACCUUCCAAUCCAGCAUUGUCAAGUGUCUGUCGGGACUUGUUGACUCAGACAAGGUACCUCUGUGUCAGAGUGGGUUGAGAGGGUUAGGAUAUGCCUUGUUGUAUCAAACCAAGUCAUCUGAUGUUGACACUGAACUAGUCAGUCUGCUCAUCAAGGGAUUAAAGAAGGACUCCAAUGACAUUAAGCUGUUGGUUACCCAGGUCUCCUCCCUGAUAGCCAGUGAUGACACGCCCCUCCCGAUGUCGGCCAUUAAAGUCCUCGUCCCGGCCCUAGUAAUGGGCACCAAAGAGAAGAACACGAUGGUCAAGUCCAGCAGUGAAUAUGCCCUCAUCUCAGUGCUUAAACUCAGAAAGGGGGAUACUCUCCUCAAUCAAACACUUGCAGAACUGGAUGUUGGAAUGAGAGAGUCUUUGAGUGAUGUGGUUACAAAAUCCCUAAACAAACUCUGUAAACAACCUGAGCCACCAUUGGAUGAAAUAGACGACACAAUUCUAAAGUGAAAUCACACGACUCCGAGCUGUCCAAUCAAGUGUGUAGCUAUGUUAUGGCUGAUGUCUGUUUCAUCUUUAAAUUAUCAGCUUCAGAACAACACUUUUUUUUUUAUGAUUUCACUUUUUACAUACAUACAUGAGUUUCAUAAUUUUGUUUUCCUUUUUUUUUUUUUGCUAAUUAUUUUGUUGAGAUUCGGGGUUCAGAUCAUGCUAACAAAUUUUCUCCAUGUGUUUUGAAAGAUUUUAAAUUUUAGUUAUAAACUUCCAAGAAAUUUGGAUUGUACUGUUGAGAGAUUUUACAGUGUGCAGGCCAAAUCUUACUCUAGAGUGUUUUCACAAAGGUCUGUUAUUUGUACAUGUAUAAGAUGUUUUCAAUUGCUUUGAUUUAGAUUUACUUCAGAUUUCUAUGUUAUAAGUACACUUGCUUGUAAUAAAAUGCUACAAAAUAAGCACUAUAAAGAUGAAUAUAUUUUGAUUUAAUACAAAGUAUUUAUUUGGUUGAAGACCUUUAAGGCCCGUUCUUAGUUUCUGCUGUUAAACAAACACAGUUAAAGGACUUUGAUCGAUUUGUAUAUCUCGAGUGUGUAUAUUUUUUGAACAUUGGAAGUACACUUUUAUCCUGUCAACCAAUCUGUAUUUAAAAAAAGAAACUGAGACUGUUAAGUCUUGCUUUGUAAUGAUUUUGUUUUGCUAUUUUUCAGUUUAUGUUUAUUUUCAUCAAAGUUGGUCUCCAGGAUGUGCAUAGUGUACUCAAGAAAAUGAUGAACACAAUGUGUGAAAUGUGAAACAAAAAAUCAUAGUGCUAUAUAUGCAUACUACAUGUAUGUCCAUCAUUGAAAUAAAGCGAUUCAAUUAUU